UCGACGGGAAGACAGCUGGGAGAGAGUCUAUCCAGAGGGAUGCUUUGAGACACCGGUGGAGUGGUUUCAUUCAAGGGUGAAAGGCCAUCCGAGCAGAUCCAGGCAUGUCGAAGUAUUGGCUGAACGUGGCCCUCCUCAGGGUUGUGCUGCCCCUUGUCUUGACAGGAUGUACGAUAUGGCGACCUGUAGGACUGUCCCUGGUUUACUUGGUGCUGACGCUAUACGCGCCCCACGUGCCCAUUCCGGAUUCCCGAACGAUGGCUGGCCACACGGGUCAUUACCUAAAAUCUUGCAUCGGUCUGUCAUUUCUCGCAACCACCAUUCAAGUUACUUUCCACAUAGUCUUAUUGGCUGCGCCUUCUUUGCGACCCUUCUUUCAGAGCUGCAAACUGCUGGAAGUGAUCUUCAGGCAUAUAGGUUUGGUAAAGCUAAUUAGCGCGUCCGUCUGGGAGAUUUUCUUCUGGUUGGUGCCAGACUUAAUCGUCUUGCCCGCUAGCAUAGUAGUGUAUCUCAUAUGUCGUUCCUUGACACAAAAACCCGUCCCUGACGAAGAAGACGAUUCCUCGUUGCAUCGAAACACCGAGGCGUCGAAGAAAACCGUGGAUGGAACUGUCAAGAUCAUCAACUUCCUAGGACGUAUCGGGACCUACGUGGUUCUAGCAUCGUUAUGCAUCACAGCAUCCCUGAAACCGUCUGUGGAGGGUGGUUUUUACUUCCUCGUUUUUCUGGGAGCCGCUACUUGGUGGGCGUGCAACAAAGAACUACGAAAGGGCUUCGCUAUACUAUGCAGGCUCGUGAUGGUCGUGGUGACCCUUCACAUCCUGGCUCUCAUCACCUACCAAAAUCAAUUGCCGCAAGAGUUGCUACCCGUUAACAGUACCUGGCAGCGUUACUUUGCACUGACACCUAUCUAUCAGACGAACUGCACGGAUGCAAAGAACGUGGAGUAUACGGAAGAUGCCGAUUGGUUGAUCUAUGGCUACUUUCUCAGGCUAUUUUGGCUCUAUUACGUUCUGGCAUUGCAGUCGCAGUUCCUGAGUAAAAAGCCGAAGCCGAACGUUAUUUCGUCGUAUCCACCUGCCGACGAGCGCACACCCCUGAUGCGAUUCGGGUCCGGGAGAACGGGGCUGCUGCAAGACUCAACCGGAAGCGUCAUCGUCCAGGAUGGUCAUCAGGAUGACAACAUUCAAAUGCAGAGUCUUAGUGAAACUGCUCCAGAUGAACAGUCCGGAAUUAUCGAACACAUAAUCAUGGCUGUGUACUCGAUCUUCCAGCUGAUAAUCAAUUCGUCGUAUCUCGCCACGAAUAUUAUAAUGAUGACUUGGAGCAUAAUGUAUCACAGCUGGACAACGUUUGCAUUGUUGCUGUGGGCCUUGGUUCUCUGGAUGGUGCCUAACAAACGCGCUUCUAUGAUGAAGUGCUCCCCUUUCAUCGUUUUCUAUGCAAUGUUUUUACUUCUUGUGCAAUACGUUUAUAGCAUGGAUUUAACGGAGGAAGAACUGCCAACGGAAGUAAACGGGAUAAAUAUGUCGGAGAUCGGUUUCAGCAAAGCUGACCAGCUUAGUCGGUGGCACUUAGUAGUUAAAUGUCUGUUCAUAUCGAUGUUUUGGAUAACUAUGAGACAAUACACUGCUGAAAGAACCAGACAAAGACGUUCCUCGGCAUUGAGAGACAUGGUAGCGCCGUUACACGUCUCUGUUUCGACAGCUACGACAGCGAUGAAUCACGAAGCGCCGGAAAUUAAAAGCAAAUUUAUGAAAGAUGUUGGCAUAUUAUUGAAGAGAUUAUUGACAAAGUUUUGGAUCGCUGUUGUGGCCAUUAUGCUAUUUAUUUGUGGAAUCACCGGUGAACGGAUGACCGUGUUCAGGAUCAUUUAUAUGUCUCUCUUCCUUGUUCUAGUCAUUACCUUCCAAAUAUCUUGGACAGUUUGGAGGAAGAUGAUGUAUCCAUUCUGGCUCACGGUCAUCGGAUACUCCGUGGUUAUGCUGAUUCUCGUGUACACCUAUCAGUUUCACAAUUUUCCGGAAUACUGGAAUUAUCUACAUAUCGACGAGAAUCUGCAGAUGGACAUUGGUUUAGAGAAAUACGAGACUAAGGAUCUUUUCGUUAGGUUACUCACGCCAACGUUCUUCGUGAUUAUAACCGUCCUUCAGAUCCAUUAUUUCCACAAAGAUUUCCUAAAAGUGACCAACAUCGACAAAUUCGGGACCGACGAGAGUCCUCGAGUCGAACGAUCUAGUCUUGGUCAUUCGCCGAUUUUAGCCAUGCCAACGUCAUCUCCAGGAGAAAUCUUUCUGGUCGAAGAAGAAAAAGAAACCGUGUACACCUUAGGACAAUUGAAACAUAUGUCUAGAUUAGAACGAAUCGCGCUAUUUCAUCAAAUAAUGGAACAAUUGUGGAAUCUCUAUAACUAUACCUGGCUCUUUCUCGAAAUUCAUAUGCAAAAGAUCAUUUUCAUUUCCGUGAUGCUUUUCUGUGUCAACGAUGUCUGCGCUCUUAAUUUCGUAUUCGUGCUGAUAUUAGUCAUCAUGAUUAAUUCUCGGAGAAAUGUUCAAAUAUGCACCGCCAAUACUAUCGCUGCAAUAAUUGCUCUUCUGAUGGUCGUAAAAAUGCUGUAUCAGAUUCAGUAUAUCGAUCAUAACAAUUGGAAUGUCAAUUGCACGGGUCAUACCAGAGAAGGUCAAGAUAAUUAUGGCAGCAAUAAUACGAUGUACAAUAUCGCAGAAUGGUUCGGAAUAAAGAAAGCAGAGCCAGGACACUUGGCAGAAUUGUUGAAAGGUUAUAUAGGGAUCAUAGUGGUUACUACCCUCAGAAAGAUCAUCAGAAUUCGACAGUGUUUCUACAGAAAAGCGCAAAACGAACCUCUGGAUACUCCUCAAGUCAUGUUUCCAUCGAUCACCAGGGAAGACGCCGACAAAGGAGUGCCUCAAUGCUUGAAGUUCCUCUUCAAUUAUGGAUUCUACAAGUUUGGCGUUGAGUUCUGCUUGAUCGGGAUCGUGGCUCUCAUUGGAACGAGACUGGAUUUCUAUUCGGUCCUGUAUAGCAUAUGGCUUCUACUAUUUUUCUCUCUGAAGAGAAGGACCAUCUCUAAAAUUUGGCCUGUCUUCAAAUUCUUUGGCAUAAUACUGUUACCUGUUCAGUAUUGCUUCGUCGUCGCACCACCCUCUUGGCUCUGCAUAGAGUAUCCAUGGAGCGAAUCAGCUACUUUAAGGAGAUUUCAAGAGUGGAUGUACUUCCCGGAUCCCGAUUUCCCACCCAAUGCCAGGAAAUUAAUGUGUGAUUUUAUCCUGCUACUGAUGGUCGUCAGACAAAGCCUCGUUUUUCAAAUAGAAGAACGAAGCACGGCGUCAGGCGUAGAAUUUCCAGCUGGUCACAAUUAUUCCGUCUACAAUAGUAUGGAAAACCCGAACUUCGUGAAUCCCGUGAAGGAUUACGUAUCGCAUAUUCAUAAUUGGUUAGACAUAGUAAAACGAGGCGUGUUGAUAAGUCUCAUGUGGGUGACCCUGUCCAUCAUGUUCCUGGCUGGGACAGAGAGGACCAAUCUGUUCUCGUUGGGUUAUUUGAUCGGUGCAUUCGUGUUCCUCUGGCAGGGAAGCGAUUUUUAUCUGAGGCCAGUGAAAACGAUCUUAAAAUGGUGGAACCUUUUGAUCGGAUACAACAUAGUCGUGAUAUUCUCGAAGGCCUUGCUUCAAGGUGUAGGUUGCGUGCUGAUAAAACAGCUGCACGUGUUGGCGUGUCCACUGAUUCAACUAUUCGGCAUAACUUGUCUGAGAAAAUUCCGAAGUUCCGUCAGCGAUAUAAUCCUGGAAAAAUUCGAUUGCGAGGUGCCACCGGAGGACAUCGGCAUGGUCUGGGAUGGGCUGUGCUUCGGCUUCUUGUUGUUCCAGAAACGACUGUUCAAGAGUUACUACUUCUUCCACAUAGUAGACGAAACGAAGGCCAUGAGUAUCUUGGCAUCCAGAGGUGCUGAGCUACUGGAAGAAUUGCACCAGAAACGCAUCGAGAUCCAAGAGAACGUCGAAAAGAACGUACUGCAGAAGCUAAAGUUCAAGAUGGACAAGAUCAAAGCCAACCAGAGAAAGAUACAAGGACCUAGUUACAGAGAACCACAGACGCACAAAGUUGAUACUCUCUAUCCAGGGACACGGCCGUUGUACAGAGUUCGCGUGCCAAAGACCAACAGAGAGGCAAUCAGAUCCGGCGACUACUACAUGUUCGACGAUCUGGACGACGACGAUGUCACAGAUCUGAUCCCGGACACCGAGUCCGAGAAGAAAGAGGCGGAGGAACGUCGCGAAGCGGAAAGACGCGGCAGGAGAAUGACCAUAUCCGAGUUGAUGAACACGCUGAUUAAGACAGACAUUGAGAUCGCGACGCACGUCGCCAUGUAUGGAGGGACGGAAAAGGACGCGCUGAGACUACGUCGUCGGAGUGUGCCUUUAACAAGGAAGAAAUCGUCUAUGUCGUAUCUCAGUGCACGUUCCGAGACCGACACUGCAGUGGCCACCGAUGGUGCCGAUAAAACGAGUAUCACGUCAGGCGACAUCGAGACCGAAGAAAAAGACGCCACAUUGCCAGAGCCUGACAAGACACCUAGAGCAUCGGACGAUGAGGAUAAGGAGGACAAAACGGACGGGAAGGAAACAGAGGAGGAAGAGAAGAAAGUCUCUAUUGGCACGUACUUCACGUUCGUCAUGGUGAUAGUUAACAGCACUCUGACAUCGAUGACGAAGUACCUGAACAGGUUCUCCCGCGAUUACCGAUACAUUCGCAAGGUUUUAACGAAAGAGAAGAAAGUGUUGAAGGCAAAGCCAGAUUUCCGAAUGGGUAUGCGAUUGGGUAUCAAUCAAAUGUGGCAACCGAUUCCUCUGAUGAGAAAAGGAUCAUCUAGUGGAAAUACCGAAGACUCUCACGAUGCUGGCGAGGGUCCUAGCCAACCACGACCGCAGGGACAGAGCGCACUUUUCUCCGAAAUUUCACCUGUCCAACAUGACGACGAGGGAGGUGGAUUAACCGAGGUGGAUCAACCACCGAUAAUACAAUUAUUGGCGUCUAUUUGGUUCGGAAUCUUGGCACACUCGUGUCUACUCUGUUACUUUAUGGUGUUUCUUCAUCAGAUCAAAAAUGCAUCGGUUCUCUCCACCCCGUUACCUCUCAUGGUAUUCUGUUGGGGUUCGUUAACUAUUCCACGACCCUCGAAGACAUUUUGGGUAACAUUAAUCGCGUACACCGAGGCAAUUGUCAUAGUAAAAUGCAUUUUCCAAUUGGAAGUACUGCCCUGGAAUCGAGACGCAGCACCAAACAAUCCACUGUUCACUCCUAGAAUUAUGGGGGUUGAACGAAAACAUAAUUACGCUUUAUGGGACCUGUUAUUACUUCUUAUGGUGUUUUUCCAUAGAUUUAUGCUCAAGUCAUUAGGCCAAUGGACAUCUCCAUCCUUGAAACCAAGGAAAAUCAUUCCUUCCAAUAUGACUAUAGUUCCAUCCAAGCAUCCGCCUGAAAACAGGGGCCAGGGAGAGCCUGUAACGUUACAAAAUGAAGCUGGAGACGGAACUCGCGUAAGGACACCCAGAGGAAGAAUUUUAAACCUUCAUGGAGUAGGUGAGGGUCAAAAUGUGCAAACCAGCGAUGAAUACGAACAAUUGGUCGCGGUUCGAGGGGAAGAGGUCAGUCCCCUGAAUGAAGAAUUCAAUAAAGCUAUGAAUAUGACCUUUAAUAAGUAUAUGGAACCGAUGAAAAACUUUUUCCAAAAGAUUCUUAGUCCGCUAGGUAAAGAAAAGACAAACGUGUACGCGUAUAUGUUCCUCUGCGAUUUUUUCAACUUUUUGCUGCUCAUUUUCGGAUUUUCCGCGUUUGGGACUCAACAGGGUGAUGGUGGCGUUACAGCCUAUUUACAAGAAAAUCGAGUUCCAAUGCCUUUCUUGUUGAUGUUAUUAUUGCAGUUUGCGUUGAUAGUUAUCGAUAGAGCGUUGUUUUUAAAGAAAUCGAUCCUAGGCAAAUUAAUCUUCCAUUAUUUCCUAAUAUUCGGCGUUCACAUUUGGAUGUUCUUCAUCUUGCCAAGCGUUACCGAACGACGAUUCAACGAGAGGCUUCCUCCGCAAAUUUGGUACAUGGUUAAGUGCUUCUACCUUUUAUUAGCAGCCUAUCAAUUGAGACAAGGCUAUCCGACUCGCAUACUCGGCAAUUUCCUGUGCAAAAAGUACAGCAUCGUCAACUACGUUUUGUUCAAAGGAUUCAUGUUAGUUCCGUUCUUAUUCGAAUUAAGAGCAGUAAUGGAUUGGAUCUGGACGGAUACUUCCAUGUCGAUAAUGGACUGGUUCAAAAUGGAAGAUAUUUUCGCCAACAUUUACCAGAUCAAAUGUAUGCGUGGCGUAGAAGCGGAUUUCCCUCAACCACGAGGCGUGAAGAAACAGCAAAUGAGCAAAUAUCUAGUCGGUGGUGGUGCACUUUUCUUCAUGAUCGGAUUAAUAUGGUUCCCCUUGCUUUUGUUUGCGCUUGGCGGGACAGUCGGUGUCUCCAAUCUACCGUACGAUGUUUCAAUGAGGAUCAGAAUUGGUCCUUACGAACCCAUUUACUCCAUGUCAGCACAGAGCAGCUCUAUCAUCGAGUACAGCGACUCUGAUUACACCCGAUUUACGAAUCUAUACACGAGAGACAGACCUGCGGUCACUUUCCUCGAGAAUUAUAUACACUCUGAUGUUGCUGCUGUAAGAUUAAGUGGGUUCUCUCGAAAAUUGUGGAGUAUAUCUCCGCCUGACUUAGAAAGACUGAUAACGGAAUUAGAAGACAAUAGCACAACCGUGGUUGUCCACGUGGAAUGGACAGUGUCUCGAAAAACAGAUGCAAAGGAUGCCAGUGGUAUAACGACUAAAGUACAGGACAUAAAAUUGCCACCGUUUGAAAACGACGAAUUUAAUCCUGUGAGGCAAACGUUAGCCAACAUGUUGUCUAGUAACAAUUCGACUGUGCAUAACGGUACUAUCACGUUGCAAUAUGCUUUCCCGAAGUUCUUGAAAGUGACUGGCCGAACCACCGUUGUUGUUCCACAAUUAAUGAGAAUGCCGAGAUGGCUGGACGACGAGGUAGAGGAAGAAGACGUUAAUCGUCUGUUCAGGAACAUUAGUCUUCAUUUAUCCACAGACGCAGAAUGUUGUGCUCGUCAGAAAUGGUGGAUCGUUAAAGAAGUUUGCAAUGAUACUUUAUACGAUCAGCUAUUAAGCAGAGUGCCCUUAAAUGACUGCAAGUACAUCAUGAUGUUCUUGUUCAACGAUAAAACAUUCCCCGAAGGGUUGAGUUUCAUCAGUGGAUUUGGAAUCUUGGGUUUGUAUACGACCGCGGUCAUAGUUAUAAGCCAAAUGAUGAGGAAGAUAGUCAGUGAUAUGGCACCAAAGAUUAUGUUCGAUGACCUGCCCUACGUGGACAGAAUUCUGCGACUAUGCUUAGACAUUUAUUUGGUUCGCGAAAGUGGAGAGUUGUGUCUCGAGGAAGACUUAUUCGCCAAAUUAAUAUUCCUUUAUAGAUCGCCAGAGACGUUGAUCAGGUGGACAAGGCCUCCCGAAGAAGGAGAGAAAACUGAUAACGAAGACCAGGAUGACGCAGAGGAGGAUAAUACUGGACAAGGAAGGGAAUCCCGAGAAAUUUCUCUUUAAACGUGUAAACUUAUUCAUUAUGCGAAGCGGAAUUUGUUGAGGAAAGAAACUUUUUGAGAAAGGUUAUCGGUAACCUUGGAUAACAAGGAGACAAUAGUUCGCGCAUUUGUCAAAAAGUGACGAAAAGAAUGGUUCGAAAAAUUCAAGAAACUCAGGAAUUUAUUACAACCGUGUUUGUUGUUAGAGAGUUGAUUAACAGAGCGAUUGUUCCUAUCUUUGAAUAUGUAUAUUAUAAUGAUGUACAUAGAGAAGCAAGUAAUGUAGAGAGAGAGAGAGAGUGAGAGAGAGAGAUGAAAUAAUACGAAUGAAAGUAAAGAAAAUUAAUGAAAGGAAGACCUGAAGAUUUUAAACAGAUUCAAGGAUAUAUUAUAUGGUAGAAUUAUUUAUUUGUUAAUCAUACUCCUAAGUAAGGUUUUACUAAUUUCUACUUUAAUAUUUAUCGAUAAGGACUCGCUUGUAUAGUUGUUCAUACCCCAAGGUAUGAAGAAUAUUGUGAUUAUAAAACGUCAGUAACACGAUUUUGGAAGAAGUGCUUUAUAGAAUUAAGCAUCUACGAAUAAGUUUGUUGUACUACGUGCGAGAUAGUGCUUUCUUCUUACUUCUAAUUUAUUGGAAUUCACGCCGAAAUCGGUGUAUAUUUCUAGCAUCGCGCAUUUAAAAUUGCAUCUGUAUAGGUAAGAACACAUGCCCCUUACUCUUUAAAAACUCUAAACUUCCAAAACUGCCAAUAGCAAGAUCUUUCUUUCCUUUUUAUACGUUUUUCUAAUCGUCAAUUCAUUCAGCUAUCACUCAUGAGUAAUUAUCUGGCCAUUUUGCCAAGCCCUGAGCGUGUUUUAUAAUAUUAAAUGGUAUUUAACAAAGACCUUGGCAUCGUAACGAUUAUCAUUGUUUGUAAAUAUGCAUUUUACGAUGUGCAUUUUUGUCGAAACAUUGUAUCAUA